AUGAAGAGGAUAAAGGAAAUCCAUGAAAAGAUGAAAAAGGCACAAGACCGUUGGAAGAGCUAUGUUGACCAAAUGAGGAUACCUUCAGAGUUUGGAGACAAGGACCAUGUGUUAUUGAAAUUUACUGCUAGAUUUGGAUUGAAAGGACAUUUCAAGACUAAGAAGUUGGGUUUGGGAUACAUUGGUCCUUAUCAGAUCAUUAGACGGGUAGGAGGGAUGGAAUAUCAAUUAGCAUUAUCUCCUUCUCUAUUCUGCCUUCAUGAUGUCUUUCAUAUAUCUCAACUCCGAAAGUUUGUACCAGAUCCUUUUCAGCCUAUUCUCUCAGAGAUGAUAGAAGUUGCAGUGGAUCUUACCUUUCAGCCUCAACCUUUCUGUAUCAUAAAUGAUGCGGUUAAGGCACUUAGGAAUAAGGAGAUAACUCUCAUGAAGUUGUUGUGGGAGGAGUCGACUAAGACGAAGCUACUUGGGAGCUAG